GCAGUAACUUCACGUCAGGCUGUGUCCACUUGUUUCCUGCUCCGGAGGAUGACAGGCGGAACGCGAAGCACCUUUAGAGGCCGCCACUAGCUAAUGAAACAUUUCUUCUAACCGCUUAGUAUUUUUAAAAAGCCAAGGUCCACACAUGAGAGCACCAUUCCAGGUUCGGACGGGAUGCGUGUGAACGGGAUAGAAAUCCCCCGGUUCUUUAAAACAGUCAUAGGCCCCCUUCGGCACCGUUAUGCUGAUUUGGUCCAUUUAACGACAGCCUGAAGCAGAGGUGGAACAUGGGAUUCCUGCACCAGCUCCAUCUCCUGCUGUGGAAGAACAUCUCUCUGAAGAGGAGGGGGCCGUGGGUGCUGGCCUUUGAGAUCUUCAUCCCACUGGUCCUCUUCUUCAUACUCCUGGGUCUGAGGCAGAAGAAGCCAGCGAUUCCUGUCAAGGAAGCGUUCUACAGCGCGGCCCCCCUCACCUCUGCAGGAAUCAUCCCUAUCAUGCAGUCUCUGUGCCCCGAUGGACAGAGGGAUGAGUUUGGUUUCCUGCAGUACAAGAACUCUACUGUGACCCAGCUGCUGGAGCGGAUCAGUGAAGUGUUGGAGCAGAACCACCUCUUCAUGUCAGACCGGCCUGGUUUGUGUCAGGAGCUUGAGAGCCUGCAGCAGCACCUGGAGAGUCUCAGCUCCAGCCCUUUACCUCCGGACAGCAGCCUCAACAGCAGCCAGGGCUUCACUCUGGCCAGUGUGUUGGUGAAUCCGUCAGGUUUCCAGCAGUUCCUGGUCAGGAACCUUUCCCUGUCCAGCUCCACAGCCAGCCUGCUGCUCAACACUCCAGUCAGCCUCCCAGAGGAAAAGCUGCUGGGAGAUGUGCACAGUCUGGAUGGAGGUCUGAUACACAAAGCCUUACGUGACCCAACCAAAGCAGGCCAGCGGCCGGCUCUGCUCCGGCUCAUGUCGCGGGCGUUAGGCCUCAGUGAGGUCCCAGGAAACCAGAGCACUGACCAACAGGCCCUGGAGGAGCUGGAGGGGGUCCUUCUGACUGGGGCCAUGUUGGAGGUCCUCACCUGUGGGAAGGGCGGGGCUAGUGAGCUCAGUACCAUCCUGAUGGUGCCAGAGAAGCAGCGACCGGUGCUGCAGGCCUACCUCGGAGCAGUGUGCGGCGGGGGGGAGGGUCAAAGAGCAGAGCGCUUCAGACUGCUGAGCCUGGAGCUGAGAGAGCAGAUCAACACCCAGCGGGUCAGAGAGAAGCUCCAGCUGGAGCGGCCCCGCUCUGUGGCCCCCCUCUCUCAGGCCGACCUCAGGGCCUUGCUGAAGGACCUGGCUGAUAUGGAGAGGCUUCUGAAGGACGUGGACCUGCUCUCUGGCCUGGCCCGCCUGCUGCCCAAAGGAGCCUGCGCUGGUCGAACUCCAGCCUCCCCCACAAACAUGACUUGGCCCCUUAACGCUACCACAUGGGGCCAAAACACAACUGACAUCCCUGGAGAAGAGGAGGGUGGAGGCGCAGAGGAAGGUGGAGGAACAGGAGGAAAGAAAGGAAAGGAGGGAGCAGAGAACCCUCACUCUCAGUUUUCAGCCUUUGUGCAGCUGUGGGCCGGACUGCAGCCCAUCCUGUGUGGGCACAACAGGAUCAUCGAGCCAGAGGCUCUGAAGCAGGGGAACAUGAGCUCUCUGGGAUUCACCAGUAAAGAGCAGAGGAAUCUGGGACUACUGGUUCAUUUGAUGACUACAAAUCCCAAGAUCCUCUACUCCCCCAUUGGAUCGCAAAUGGAUAAAGUGAUUCAGAAGGCAAAUGAGACCUUUGCUUUUGUUGGAAACGUGACACACUACACCCGGGUCUGGCUCAACAUCUCCGCCCAGCUCAGGACCUUUCUGGAGGAGGGUCGUCUGCACAACCACUUGGUGUGGCUGCAGCAGCUGUCCUCAGAGCUGCAGCAGCACCCUGAGCUGUUGAAUGGCACAGACAGUGAGCUAAUGCAGGGUCUGAUGGAGGGAAACUACAGCCUUCCGAACAUCUCCAUCCUGCUGGAGCAGAUGGACACCAUCGACAACGCUGCCUGCGCCUGGACACGCUUCAUGUCUAAGGUUAGUGUUGAUGUCUUCAAGGGCUUUCCCAACGAGGACAGCAUCGUCAACUACACCCUGAACCAGGCCUACCAGGACAACGUGUCUGUGUUUGCCAGUGUGAUAGUCCAGACUAACAAAGAUGGCUCCCUGCCAUCCCACGUUCUCUACAAAAUUAGACAAAAUUCCAGUUUUACAGAGAAGACCAAUGAAAUCAGACGGGCCUACUGGCGCCCUGGGCCCAACACCGGGGGGAAGUUCUACUUCCUGUACGGAUUUGUUUGGAUCCAAGAUAUGAUGGAGAGAGCCUUUAUCAACACGUUUGUGGGACAUGAUGUGGUGGAGCCUGGGAACUACGUUCAGAUGUUCCCCUACCCAUGUUACACCAGAGACGAUUUCCUGUUUGUGAUUGAGCACAUGAUGCCUCUGUGCAUGGUGAUCUCCUGGGUCUAUUCAGUAGCCAUGAUGAUUCAGCACAUUGUGGCUGAGAAGGAGCACCGGCUCAAAGAGGUGAUGAAGAUGAUGGGUCUGAACAACGCCGUCCACUGGGUGGCCUGGUUCAUCACCGGCUUCGUACAGCUGUCCAUCUCUGUCACCGCUCUGACAGUCAUCUUGAAGUAUGGCCGGGUGCUGCUCCACAGCGACCCUUUCAUCAUCUGGCUCUUCCUCACCAUCUACGCCGUGGCCACCAUCAUGUUCUGUUUUUUGGUGUCAGUAAUCUACUCUAAGGCCAAGCUGGCGUCAGCCUGUGGAGGGAUCAUCUACUUCCUCAGCUACGUGCCCUACAUGUACGUGGCCAUCAGGGAGGAGGUGGCCCAUGAUAAAAUCACCGCCUUCGAGAAGUGCAUCGCUUCUCUGAUGUCCACCACAGCCUUUGGCCUGGGCUCCAAGUAUUUUGCAUUGUAUGAGGUAGCAGGGGUGGGCAUCCAGUGGCGGACCAUCAGCCAGUCUCCGGUAGAGGGUGAUGACUUUAACCUUGGUCUGUCCAUGAUGAUGCUCAUGAUCGAUGCCGGGGUGUAUGGAGUGCUCACUUGGUACAUAGAGGCCGUGCACCCAGGAAUGUAUGGGCUGCCCCGACCAUGGUACUUUCCCCUGCAGAGAUCCUAUUGGUCAGGCAGUGGGCGUGUCGAGACCUGGGAUUGGCCGUGGUGUGGGGGAGGGGCGGCCCGGCUCAGUGUGAUGGAGGAGGAUCAGGCUUGUGCUAUGGACCAGCGUAGAUCUGAGGAAAUGCGGGGCAUAGAGGAGGAGCCGAGCCAUCUCUCGUUGGUGGUGUGUAUAGACAAACUCACCAAAGUGUACAAGACCGGCAGCAAACUGGCCCUGGACAAACUGAGCCUUAACCUCCAUGAAAACCAGGUAGUCUCCUUCCUGGGACACAACGGCGCUGGCAAGACCACAACCAUGUCCAUCCUCACUGGCUUGUUCCCGCCCACCUCUGGUUCUGCCACCAUAUAUGGUCAUGACAUCCGAACAGAUAUGGAGCGGAUUCGUCAGAACCUGGGCAUGUGUCCACAGCACAAUGUCCUGUUUGACAAGCUGAGCGUGGAGGAGCAUCUGUGGUUCUACUCCAGACUGAAAGGCAUGGCUGAGGAGGAUAUCCGCAAGGAGAUGGACAAGAUGAUUGUUGACCUGGAGUUAUCUAAGAAGCGCCACAGCUUGGUGCAGACGUUGUCCGGCGGGAUGAAGAGGAAGCUGUCGGUGGCCAUUGCCUUUGUGGGCGGCUCCAGGGCAGUGAUCCUGGACGAGCCCACAGCGGGGGUGGACCCCUAUGCUCGCAGGGCCAUCUGGGACCUCAUCCUCAAGUACAAACAGGGCCGCACAAUUCUCCUGUCCACCCACAAUAUGGAUGAAGCAGACCUUCUGGGAGACCGCAUUGCCAUCAUCUCCCACGGGAAACUAAAGUGCUGUGGCUCACCACUCUUCCUGAAGAGCACAUACGGAGACGGAUACAAACUGACUCUGGUCAAAAAGCAGAAUGAAGGCAGAGGACAGGGCAGCCAACAGCAGCCUCCCUCCUCUGUGGCCCCCCCCUCCUCUCUCUCCCCUUGCUCCCAGGCUCGUGUCAGCCAGUUUAUCGGGCAGUUCGUGGCCUCCUGCGUGCUGGUGUCCGACUCGAACACGGAGCUGUCCUACGUGCUGCCCUCCGAGGCUGUGAAAAAGGGUUGCUUUGAGAGGUUGUUCCAGGCUUUAGAGCAGAGUCUGGACAGCCUCGCCCUCACCAGCUUCGGGGUGAUGGACACCACCCUGGAGGAGGUGUUCCUAAAAGUGUCUGAAGAGGACCAAUCUCUGGAGAACAGUGACGCUGACAUGAAGGGGUCCCCGGGGGGAAGCUCAGUGGGGAAAUCCUCAGUGGGCUCAGCUGGCCUGGGAUUGCCACAGGAGGGUUCUGGACCUUCAGUGGAGAGUGAGAAUCCGGAGGUGGAGCUGAGUAAUCUGAUGUCGAGCUCCACCAUGAGCCAGAGCCAGUCCUCUCUCAAAUCCUCCUCGUCCAUUGGUUCAGUGAGGGGAGAUGAGGGGGGGUUCCACGCAGACUUCUAUGGAGAUUACUGUCCGCUCUUUGACAGCAGCCAGGAGCCAGACUCUGCCAUUCUGAGGGGAGAUGCAGAGAAAUGUCCGUCCCAAGAGCCGGAGGUCCUGGAGGGGCAGGGCAGCUUCAAGCUGGAGGGCUGGUGGUUGAAGCUGAGUCAGUUUCAUGGCCUCAUCGUCAAGAGGUUCCACUGUGCCAAGAGGAACACCAAGGGCCUCUUCUCUCAGAUCCUCCUGCCAGCCUUCUUUGUCUGUGUGGCCAUGACUGUGGCCUUAUCUGUGCCUGAGAUUGGAGAUUUACCACCCCUAAUCUUGUCCCCAUCUCAGUAUCAUAACUAUACACAACCUAGAGGCAACUUCAUCCCUUACACCAACGAAGACAGAUCCCAGUACAGGAUUAGGCUGUCACCGGACGCCAGCCCACAGAAGAUCAUCAACACCCUCCGUCUGCCCUCGGGCGUGGGGGCCACCUGUGUCCUCAAAACCCCCUUCAACAGCACCCUGGACCAGCUGGCCCAGACCCUCAACCCCAGCGCCAACAACUCCAAGACCCUGGCUGCACGCUACUUUGACUCCAUGUGUCUUGACUCCUUUACACAGGGGGUCCCUUUCUCCAACUUUGUACCCCCCCCUCCCUCACCAGCGCCUUCAGAUGACCCAGAUCCUGGCUUUGAGGACGGACUGUGGAACUACACAGCCGCCCAUCCGACCGCAAUGCGUGAGCCUGUUACGUCCCCCCCCACACUCCCCCUGUCCCUACAUGAGCCGGUGCGUUGUACCUGCUCUAUGCAGGGGACAGGCUUCUCCUGUCCCAGUGGGGUGGGGGGACGCCCCCCCCUCAUGAAGGUGGUGACAGGAGACAUCCUGGUGGACAUCACAGGCCGCAACGUCUCUGAGUAUCUGCUGUUCACAUCAGACAGACUGCGCCUGCACAGAUAUGGUGGAUUAACAGUGGGGAACAUUCAGAAAUCAAUCCCAGCGUCCUUUGGGAGAAACAUACCUCCCAUGGUUCGCAAGAUAGCAGUUCGCAGAUCAGCUCAGGUUCUUUACAACAACAAAGGUUACCACAGCAUGCCGACAUACCUGAACGUCCUGAACAAUGCCAUCCUGCGCGCAAACCUGGAUGCAUCCAAGGGCAACCCUGCUGCCUAUGGCUUCACACUGACAAACCACCCAAUGAAUCGAACCAGUGCCAGCCUCUCUUUAGACUACUUGCUCCAGGGGACAGAUGUGGUGAUUGCCAUCUUCAUUAUUGUGGCCAUGUCUUUUGUACCGGCCAGCUUUGUGGUCUUCCUUGUUGCAGAGAAAUCCACGAAGGCCAAACACCUGCAGUUUGUCAGCGGGUGUGACCCUGUCAUCUACUGGCUGGCUAAUUACAUAUGGGACAUGCUGAACUACCUGGUGCCUGCCACAUGUUGUGUGAUUAUUCUGUUUGUGUUUGACCUGCCGGCCUACACCUCACCAACUAACUUCCCUGCAGUCCUCUCUCUCUUUCUUCUGUACGGUUGGUCCAUUACUCCCAUCAUGUACCCAGCAUCCUUCUGGUUCGAGGUGCCCAGUACAGCCUACGUGUUCCUUAUAGUCAUCAACCUCUUCAUAGGCAUCACUGCAACUGUUGCCACCUUCCUGCUCCAGCUCUUUGAACAUGAUAAGGAUCUGAAAAGAAUCAACAGUUACCUGAAGUCCUGUUUCCUGAUCUUCCCCAACUACAACCUGGGACAUGGCCUGAUGGAGAUGGCUUACAAUGAGUACAUCAAUGAAUACUACGCUAAAAUAGGCCAGUUUGACAAGAUGAAGUCUCCAUUUGAGUGGGACAUCGUGACCCGAGGGCUCGUUGCCAUGACAAUCGAAGGCUUUGUUGGCUUCCUCAUCACCAUCCUCUGCCAGUACAACUUCCUCAGAAAGCCGCCGAGGAUGCCUGUCAGUUGCCAGCCAAUAGACGAUGACGAUGUAGACGUGGCCUGUGAGAGACGGAGAGUGUUACGAGGAGACGCUGACAAUGACAAGCUUAAGAUCGACAACCUCACAAAGGUUUACAAAUCCAGGAAGAUGGGUCAUAUCUUGGCUGUGGACCGGCUGUGUCUGGGCGUCCGGCCGGGGGAGUGUUUCGGACUGCUGGGAGUGAAUGGAGCAGGGAAGACCACCACCUUCAAGAUGCUGACAGGAGAUGAGUCUACCACUGGAGGAGAGGCCUUCAUUAACGGAAACAGUAUCCUGAAGGACCUGUUGUGUGUGCAGCAGAGUAUCGGCUACUGUCCGCAGUUUGACGCUCUGUUUGAUGACCUGACUGCUAGAGAACAUCUGGAACUUUACACUCGCCUCCGUGGCAUUCCCUGGAAGGACCAGGAGAGGGUGGUGCAGUGGGCAUUAGAGAAGCUGGAGUUGUCAAAGUAUGCAGACAAGCCUGCCGGCACUUACAGUGGAGGUAAUAAACGCAAGCUUUCCACUGCCAUCGCUCUGAUUGGAUACCCCUCACUCAUCUUCCUGGAUGAGCCCACCACUGGCAUGGACCCGAAGGCCCGCAGAUUCCUCUGGAAUUUAAUCCUGGACAUAAUAAAGACAGGACGCUCUGUUGUGCUGACAUCACACAGCAUGGAGGAGUGUGAGGCUCUGUGCACCAGGCUGGGCAUCAUGGUUAACGGCAGGUUCAAGUGCCUGGGCAGCAUCCAACAUCUGAAGAACAGGUUUGGGGAUGGCUACAUGAUCACAGUGAGGACCAAGAGCAGCUCUAAUGUGAAGGAGGUGCUGCGAUUCUUUAACAGGAACUUCCCUGAGGCCGUACUGAAGGAGCGUCACCACACUAAGAUCCAGUACCAGCUGAAGUCUGAGCGGAUCUCCCUGGCUCAGGUGUUCAGUAAGAUGGAGCAGGUGGUGGAGGUGCUGGGCAUCGAGGACUACUCCGUCAGUCAGACCACUCUGGACAAUGUGUUUGUCAACUUUGCCAAGAAGCAGAGUGACAACCUGGAUCAGCAGGAGGUGUCCCCCCCGGUGCCUGGACAGUCCCCCCUGCAGCGCAUCCUCAACCUGCUGAAGUCUCGGCCGGCCCCCACGGAGCUCAGCGCUCUGAUCAGCGAGGCGCCCGCCGAGCUGGAGAGCGACGAUGACGAAGGACUCAUCAGCUUUGAAGAGGAAAGGGUGCAGCUGUCCUUCAACACGGACACUCUCUGUUGAAAGAGCAUCUGAAGGGCAGAGAGCAGUAGGGGGUCUUCAGAGCUGCUGAUCUUAACCCUGAAGAGGACCAAAACUCUCAUCGUGAAACAUAGGACCAGUAGUUCAGUAUUUCAGCCUCAAAUUUUGUAUUCUGUGAGGGACUCAUGUGGUUUGGCAGCUGGAGAUAGCAGCAGCAUUCAGACUGAAAACUUGGUCCUGGAAUGUUUCCCUUUCAAUUUUUUUUGUAAGAAUGUAUCUCACUAAAUGACUGAUGAAUACAGAAGGCAAGCUACAUUUUCAGUGGAUGAUCAAAUCAUUGGUUGGAGAUAUGUUAAAGUGUACUUUAAGUUGGUGGAACGCGCAUUCUACUAACAGGGCCUCAUGUAACCAGAGCAGGCCCUUACUGAACCACACUGAACCGGAUUGAACCAGACUGAACCAGACUGAACCGGACUCAACCAGACUGGACCAGACUGAAGGAGAGCAUGCUGUGAUGAAGUCCCUCCCCAUUGGUCAUGUUAUACAGUCUAUUUUUGAUGUGGCAAGAAGAAUGAUUUAUUUUGGAUAUCAAAGCAGCUAUGGACUGGUGUGUGUGUGUGUGUGUGUGUGUGUGUGUGUGUGUGUGUGUGUGUGUGUGUGUGUGUGUGUGUG